CAUCAGACCUAUUGAAAAGAGUGAGAUAGCAGACACGGCGGGAUUUGGCCACUUUAUCUUCUUUCAGUACAUUUCUCUCUGGAUUUAUCCCAACAUAAUCCAAGAUAUUAACUGACAGAAGGACUUUAUUAACCCCUGGAGCCGUGUGGAUUGCGUUUAUGAUGGAUGGAUGCACUUUCUUCAGCUUCAUACUCGUUGCUCCCAUUCACUGCCAUUAUAAAGCUCGGAUGCGUCAGGAUAUUUAUUAAUAUAUCUCCGAUUGUGUUCAUCAGAAAGAAGAAAGUCAUAUACACCUAGGAUGGCUUGAGGGUCACGGAGACAUGGCCACGGAGCAUAUAAAUGGAAAUGGUACGGAUGAACCAGUGGAGUCUUCAGCUGCGGUUACCCAUUCAGAGCACUUCCAGACACUACUAGACGCGGGCUUACCUAGACAAGUUGCAGUCAAACUAGACGAGAUUUACAUAGCAGGGCUCGUGUCUCACAGCGAUCUCGAUGAUCGGGCGAUUGAAGCGCUGAAAGAGUUCAAUGAAGAAGGUGCGCUGCAAGUUCUCCUGCAGUUUAAAGACAGCGACCUGUCGCAUGUUCAGAAUAAAAGUGCCUUCCUCUGCGGCGUGAUGAAGACAUACAGACAGAGGGAGAAACAGGGGACCAAAGUGUCAGACUCCACUAAAGGACCAGAUGAGGCCAAAAUCAAAGCUUUGCUCGAAAGAACUGGCUAUACGCUUGAUGUGACGACAGGCCAGCGCAAGUAUGGUGGUCCUCCUCCAGGGUCGACCCAUGCCGGAGUACAGCCCACCGUCGGCACAGAGAUUUUUGUGGGAAAGAUCCCAAGAGAUCUGUUUGAAGAUGAGCUGGUCCCUCUGUUUGAGAAAGCUGGGCCUAUAUGGGAUCUGCGUCUGAUGAUGGACCCCCUCAGCGGGCUGAACAGAGGAUACGCCUUCGUCACUUUCUGCACUAAAGAGGCUGCGCAGGAAGCGGUCAAACUUUGUAACAACAACGAAAUUCGACCUGGCAAACACAUCGGCGUAUGCAUCUCUGUUGCCAACAAUCGUCUUUUUGUGGGGUCCAUCCCUAAGAGCAAAACUAAGGACCAGAUCGUGGAGGAGUUUGCCAAAGUUACUGAGGGCUUGAAUGACGUCAUCUUAUAUCACCAGCCUGAUGACAAAAAGAAGAAUCGAGGCUUCUGCUUCUUGGAGUACGAGGAUCAUAAAACGGCAGCCCAGGCGCGACGUAGGUUAAUGAGUGGCAAAGUGAAGGUUUGGGGGAAUGUGGUGACGGUAGAAUGGGCUGAUCCCAUAGAAGACCCCGACCCUGAAGUCAUGGCCAAGGUCAAAGUCCUUUUUGUAAGAAACCUGGCAAGCACAGUAACGGAAGAACAUCUCGAGAAGACAUUCUGCCAGUUUGGCAAACUGGAAAGGGUUAAAAAGCUUAAAGACUACGCCUUCAUCCACUUCGAGGAGAGAGAUGGUGCUGUUAAGGCUCUAGCUGAAAUGCAUGGGAAGGAUUUGGAAGGGGAACAAAUUGAAAUUGUCUUUGCAAAGCCACCUGAUCAGAAGAGGAAAGAGCGAAAGGCCCAGAGACAAGCUGCUAAAACUCAAAUGUAUGAUGAGUAUUAUUACUACGGCCCACCGCAUAUGCACGCCCCGACAAGAGUGAGAGGACGAGGACCUCGAGGAGGUUAUUCGUAUCCCCAUGACUAUUACAGCUAUGAAGAUUAUUAUGAUUACUAUGGCUAUGACUAUCACAACUACCGAGGCGGAUACGACGACCCCUACUACGGCUACGAUGACUUUCAAGCUCACGUUAGAGGAAGAGGCAACAGAGGAGCCCGUGGCCCCACACUGUCCAGAGGCCGUGGCUCAACCAAUACCCGAGGACGGGCCGGUUUCUCUCAGCGCAUUGGUCCGGGAUCCAGCCGAGGCGGCCGAGGCUCCAGAGGAGGCGUCCAGCAGAGAUGUCGAGUGGCACCUUGUGGACGAAAUGGACCAAAGGGAAAGGGGGUCGAGGCUGGUCCUGACCAGGUAGUAUGAAGACUGACUUGUUGUUGGGGUUACACCGGAUGCUACCAGUGUUCAUAAGGUUAAAGCAAACUCAAUGAUAUUCCAGCCUGUAUUGAAGCAUAUCUCCUGUACUGCCACUCCCAAAAAAACCAUAAGAGUUCAAACAAAAUCCCCAACUUGCAGUUUUCACAUUCGGAGCCCGUCUAAAUAAAUGAACUCGCUACUGCCCCCGGUUACAUAGUCCACGCCUAAACAUGACACAUUUUGGGACUGAAGUUCAGACUCUCAAGGAUACCAAUACGUCAGAUGUGUUUUGCACUUUUUUUUUUUUUUUUUUUUUUUUUUUUUUUUUACUCCUGCGUUUGAAGUGGCUCAAAGGAGCUUGAUGCUGAUGUAUAUUUUUGUGCUAACUACAAUUUUUUUUUUUUUUUUGUGGGAAUGUCCAUGUUAACCUAAAACGUUUGGAUUCUGGUAGAGAACAUCUGCGGGUUUUUGGUGUAACCGCCUCACAUGGACAAGUCAGGCAUUCCAGGAACGUGGUUCUUUUCAGAACUUGUCUUUUUAAGGGUCGGUUAACUACCUCAGUAGAGAGGAUUCAACUACCCUGCCUGUACUGUAAAUAGGGACACUUACAAAAAAAAAAAAAACAAAAACAAAAAAGCAUAGGAGCAGGGCUUGUUUCUUAUGAAAUAUGCACAAGGGCAGCAGCUCAGCAGAUAUUCUUAAUGUAAUAUAGUCAAUCUGCUGCUGCUCUGACAUUGCAAACAGUAAAACUGGGCAUGCAAAUGAAUCUCAUAUGAUGAGCUGGAACAAGCCCUGCUUUUAUUCCCUUUCAACUGAAUUAGCUGCCUUGCUUCUUCAGAUUAUGUAGUUACUGGGUGUAUGAUUGUAUGAUAGUUUGGAAUAAAAUGUUACUUUUGUAUUGGCUUAAACAUCACAAAUGCAUCCGCUGCAUUUGCUAAGCCCUGCAGUGUCCUUUUUUCUGUCAGUUCUCAUGAACACCAGUUCAAUGAAUUAUGUAGGUUUUAUAAUCAAUCAUGACUAUUUUCAAACGAUCGAUAUUAAUGCUUGCCACUUUCCUGUGGUUGCGAUCACAGGCAAGAGAUGAACUCAUUUCUGUAGAAAAAAGGACACUGCAGCUUCAGUUUAUAUUCCAUAUAUAGCAAGCAGGUGACCGAACCAUUCAACCGGUUUUGUACACAGUUAACUCCCUCUCGAUAAAGCUGUAACAUUGCAACCUUUUGAAAAGAUGUGAGCAGUUUUAAACUAUUGUUGGUGGCCAACAACGUUUUUGCAUUCCAGCAAAUAAAUUGUUUUAUACUGUAAAAUGAGGUGAGUGUAACUUAUUUUUGUAAUAAAGGUUUUGAAUUCUAUCUUACAA